AUGUCCGCUGAAAAAGAAUUAUUUACGCUGGAGGAGUUUCAGAGAAUGAAGUUAGUAACUCGGAGUAGAGUAAAUAAAGCUAUAAACUCCUCCACCAGUAUAUUGGAAUCAGCUAGAAGCUCAUGUCAAAAAGCUCCAAAGUCAUAUAAAAUGCUCAAUUUAGUUCCAGGAGCAAUUGAGGCUCCAAAACGUGAUGGAAAAUCAGUAGAAGAGUUUGCUGUUAUAAUUAGUAAAAAGUACUCAUCUAGAGUAAAUGAUAAAGCGAAAAACAAAAAGAAGGAUUUAAAGAUUAAAAGAGGAAUCAAUGGAAUGAUUAAGGAUUGGAACAUAAUUGAAGGAAGUGAAACUGGUGAAAUGAAUAUUGGUGAUUCUACAUUCAAGGAUUUUGUAACUGAGGCAAAAGCUGCAGAGUUUGUAAUAAAGUUUCUAGAUAGGAUGCAAUCAAAAAAGUAUGAAAUGAAUUAUGAUAAUGUUUCUAUGCAUGUGAAAGGAGAAACUCAAUUGGACAGGCAAUUGUCUGCAUAUCCACUCUUUGUAUCUACUAUUUCUCAUGUAUCAAUGGGUUUUUCAACUACCAGAAGAGAUGGAACAUCAUUAUAUGAUAUUGUUGGAGCUGGAGUAGAUUCAAACUUGUCAUCAUUAGUAGGUAACUUUAAGAGUAAUAAACAUAUUUUUGAUAGAAGCCCUCUAGUUCAGCUAUCUCAAGAAUUAGAAAAAGACAGUUUAUUGGAAAAGGCACCAUCUUGGUCAUCAAAGUUACUCCCAAGUAUUGGAACUAAGUUGGAUUAUCAAACUUUUGAUGAAGAAAAGGCUUUAGGUGUAUAUAGUAAGGACAAAAUAAAUAAGGAAUCAAUCAUAUUUAGACAAUUUACUCAGCUCCCAUCAGCAGGAAGAAUGGGUAAAAGAUACACAAAUUUAGAAGCUUUAAAUACAUUAGCAUUACAAAAGGAUGAAAGUUCUGUUCAUGAUGAUACUACAACUGAUUCAAAAAGCAAAAAAUCUCAAGGUAAUGUAAAUUCAUCAUUACAAAUAGUAACGGAUUUGAAUAAAAUACCAAUCAAAUUUCCGUGGAUAUUAGAAGAAUUACCAAUAGCUCAAUCAUUUAAAAAUCAGUUUCUACUUUUUAGUGAAAAUUCAUCUUCUAAUAAGAAUGAAUCAAAAGAAGAUAAUGUAAAAAAGACAUUUUUUCAAAAAGCAAAAGGAUUAUCAACUUCAACCUUAAGACAAGAAAAUGUAAUUAAGGCAAUUGUUAGUAAUAGAGGAAUUGCAAUGGUAAGAAAUAUUACAAAUGUACCAGCAGAUUCCAAAUUAGAAGCUUAUUUUGAUGAAUUAGAUGAUAAUAGUGAUAAUGAUGAUAGGUAUUUAUGGGAAAAUGAUAGAGAAAGAAAAAAUCAUGAAACUAAAGAAAUUGGAGUACAAAAAUAUUUAGAAGAAACAUCUUUUGAUAUGGAUUUCCAAAAUAAGGAGCAAGAUUUGGAGUCAUUAAUGAAGGAUUUGGAGAUUCAUUAUAAUCAAAUAAAGAAUGAAAGGAAUGAGGAAAAUACACUCAAACAAGGAAAUGUUAUUCAACCUCCACAAAGUGGUCAAAUCUCUUCAUUUGCAUAUCAUGAAUCAACUGAUUAUUUAGAUUUUCAUAAUAUUGAAACUCUACAAAAAACAAGUGAUAUGACUAAUAUUACAAAAGAUAAUGAAUUAAGUAAAAUGUUAUUACAAGGUAUGAAUUCCUAUACUGGCCCAGAGCUCAAGAUAGAAUAUGAUUUAAGUGAGCUAUAUAAUCCAGAGAGAAAUCUAUAUAGAGGAGAAGGGAUUGAAAAGACAUGGAAGAGUUAUUAUGAUUCAUUAAAGAAUUAUCAGGAAUCAAUCAAUAAAAAGAAAGAAUAUAUGGAUAGAAUUCAUUAUAAUAUUAGUCCAUCUAGGAAAAUCUUGAAUGGUUCUCAAUCUAGAAAAUCUAAGAUUCCUAAAUCAUUUUUACCAAUACAUGAAAGGUUACAACAAGAGGAUGAUCCACAAGAAGAAUAUUAUAGCUUUGUUCAAGGUCAAAGAAUGAUAAAAGAAAGUAUGAAUCAAUUUCCAAUACAAAGUCAUACAUCUGGAAAUAAAACUAUUGGUGAAAAUAAUAUUCAUUUAAUAACUUCAAAAUCUAGGGGUCAUAUUAGAGGAUUAGCAGCAGUACGUGGUGGAAGAAGAAUUCAACAGAGAUUAAUGAGUGAUAGGAGUAAAUAUGAGAAUGAGUUAAGGUCAAGAAAAGAAGAUCUUGGUUUUCUGGAAUAUAAAGAAAAAGAUCGUCAAGAAUUUUUGGAACAUGUUAGAUACAAUAAUAAAAAGAUUCAAGAAGUUUAUAGGAUGGAAGAUAAGCUUAAGACAAAAGCAAGAAUAGCAUCUAGAGGUAGAUUUAAAAAGAUAUGA